UAUGUACUCGCGACCGAAGGCGACCUCGCCUAGUAAGAAAAAUGCCAACAAACAUAAAAAGAAGCAGUCCCGAGAAGUUGAAAAAUGUAUGUACAUGUAAAAUAGAUCGCAGGCAUUUUGAUGAACUUGUAAGGAUGACAACUCCAGAACGUGCCAAAAGGCAACUAAGAAAGAAACUCAUUAAUCAAGGGGACAUGGGAAAUACCUUCGGUGGUACUAGUAAUGAAAGAUCUGUCGAUUUUGAAGACUCAAUGUCCAUUAAACACGAAAUACCACUCCAGUUCAAACUUAGCGAUACCGAUAAAUUGGAAAAUGAACUAGCGGAAUUUUAUUCGUAUUCCGAAAUCGAAGAAAUUAAAGGGAACUUGCAUGUUUUCGAAGAGGAGGCGAAAUUAUGUAUGCAGCUCAACACGUGGGCGUCCUUCACAACAGAACAAAAGAAGUCGUUCAUAAUGAAGUUGCAAGAUGGACUCGAUCUGCAAAAUAGGGAGGAGCGACUCCGACAUUUAAAAAUUCUUUUAUACAUUGCUCAGGGAUGUUGGAAUGAAGUAAAGGAUGUAAACGAGCAGAUGUCCUCGCAAAGGAUUAAUUGUAUGUUGUUGUAUAAUGCAGGUAUAUUAAAUGAGUUGCUUCAAAUGAUAAGCCUUGAAUACGAAACUAUAAAGAAGCAACAAGAAACUGCUAAUAUUAGAACAGUAUUUGCAAUUAUUUAUACAAUUAUCGAGAUAAUGAGGACAGAACGAAAUUCUUUAAAUGAAGAAUAUUUGCAAGAAGUCAAUAGAUUUGUUGAAGAAAUUGAGAUUAAUGGUGACGCAAUCAUAUUUCAAUUAUUCAAUUUAACAUUGGAACAACAUAAUGGUCACUUUGAUGUACCCAUUAAAAAAAUAUUGUUGUUAUUAUGGAAAUUUAUAUUGUUAUACCUAGGGGGAAGCGAUAAAAUUAAAUUGGAAAAAUAUACAAGAAUGAAGGAACUAGGUUUGAACAUAUAUGAAGAUAACGAAGAGAUGUUGGAGAAGUAUCCGAUAAACAUCACAUCGAUGACUAAAAUUCCCUGGAAAUCGAAGGUAUCUCAGCAAGACCUACAUUGUUUUUUGGAGAAAGUACGAAAGAAAUAUUUUGGUAUUGCUGCACCAGACGAUGAUACCACGUUGAUUGGGCUACCAGAUCGAGUCCUUAAAAGUGUAAACGUCCUAAAAGAUCAUGUUUACAUCCCAUUGUCCGAUGAACAAGCAAAGCGUAGCAAUUUUAAUAAGAAACAUACCACCCCCGUCGAUUUAAUAUAUAAAAAAAUUAUGCCGUUCAUUAAUGAUUUCAUAAUAGUUUUGGGAACGAUAUUUCAAUCAGCUAUUGAAGGACAUUCGUCUUUAAACAUGAACCUAUACGUCGAAAUUUUCCAAAUAAAUUCAGCAACCUACACUCAAUACAACGUAGACAUAAAUAGGCAUAGAGAAAUUAUUUUUAAAGCCAUAUCUGGUAUAGUAAUGUUACUAUUAAGACAUUUUAAAUUCAAUAACAUAUAUCAAUUCGAAUAUCUUUCUGUUGGGAUGUUUCUAGAAAACUUCAUUCGCUACAUGUUGGUGUAUUUGAGCUAUGACCAACAGAAACAAUGCGAAAACAGCGUGUGCAUCAAGUCAAUGGAAUUUCCGUACUGCGUUCUGAACGGUCCUAAUCGUCCCUCGGAAGAAACAUACUCGUGGAAAAAUAUGUUUUCGUGUAUCAAUUAUUUGAAGAUUAUAAACAAAGUACUCAAACACAAACCGUUACGAAUCAACGUGUUGACGGAGGCGAUAAUGACCGCCAUGUAUCACGUACUGAAGAUCAAUAAUAAUUUAAUUCAAUUCUAUACAUUGAAAAUUAUAAAAAUGGUCACGAAGUACAUGAAAAAACCAAGAAGGGCGGUCAAAGUGAAUGAGCUCAGCAGGAUUUAUCUCAGUAUUCGCAUCAACAUUUUCGAAAACUGGCCAUACGGCGCGAAACAGUUGACUACCGAUCCAACUAAAGAGGAGACCGAAUUAAGAGAAAAAAUCCUCAAAUACAACAAACAAAUAAGCAAGGAGGUAAAAAAAGUGUAUGCUGGGCCGUUUACAGAUGCGUGCAAUCUUCCGGAAGAUUUUGAAAAGCACUAUGAAGAGUGGUUGGAAAGAGAAGUGUUACAGAAUCCGUUUGACUGGGAUCAGUGGUUGAACAAAGAAAAGAAACACACUCUCAGAAUUUAAAUGAAUAUCUACUAUUUAAUUGUUUUACAUUAUUUAUAUAUUAUGUAAUUUAUACGUAUAUAUAUAUUUUAUUAGUAUAGAAUGUACCAUCAAAAUUUAAAUACUUGAUUAAUUGUUCUUAGAUUACUCAUGGCAUUCUUUAAAUAAACACAAUUAAGUGACUGA